UAAUAAUAAUAAUAAUAAAUCCUUCUGCGUUACCACAGCCGCCAGUCCCUCUCCUCUUACCUUGCUCUCUUCCUCUCCCUCACGGCAGUAUCCUCACCACAGCCCAAACCGCAGCUCACCACAACUCAAACCGGAACCGGCAGCCACCCUGCUCUCCUCCGCGAGCAGCCCCGAGCAGCGGCAAGCAGGCUGCGUGCCUUUCUCCUCCCAUCAGCAGCCGGGCUGCUUUGUGCCGCCAGCAGGAGCAGCCGCGUGGUGGUUCCUCCACCAUCUCACACAGCCCUUGUUCACCACCACCACAACCUUAUCCACCUGUUCACCAUUUUUACUAGUUUUAACUUUGUUUCCAGUUCAUAAGAGGAAAAUAGAACCUUAGUUGGGUGAAUUUUGUAACUUUGGUCGUGCACUGACGCUUACAGCAGGAGGAUCAUAGACAAGCGUAGCAGGGAUAAAAUCUUUGGAAGUGGACCCUUUGUGAUUCUUCUUGUAUUUGAGAAUCUAGACGUAAAUGGCUUCUUUAUUCAAGGAUUUAAACAAGCUCUCAGCUUAUCGAGAUAGGAGAUUUCCUGGCACACAAGAAGAAUUUGAGGAAGCACUAAAGAACUCAACAACUGUUUACAUUGGAAAUAUGUCUUUCUAUACAACAGAAGAGCAAGUUUACGAGCUAUUUUCUCGAGUUGGAGAGAUUAAAAAGAUUAUCAUGGGUCUGGAUAAGAACACGAAAACCCCUUGUGGAUUUUGUUUCGUAUUAUAUUACUCUAGAGAAGACACUGAAGAUGCAGUGAAGUACAUAAGUGGGACAAUUCUUGAUGAUCGCCCUAUCCGUGUGGACUUUGACUGGGGUUUUCAAGAGGGCAGGCAAUGGGGACGUGGUCGAAGUGGUGGUCAGGUGCGUGAUGAGUAUCGUACUGAUUAUGAUCCUGGUAGAGGUGGCUAUGGAAAAUUAGUUCAGAGAGAGCUUGAGGCACCGAGAACACUGGUAGAUUAUGCUUCUGGAUCUCUGGCUGCUUUUCAGCCUAUGCCUUCUCGCUAUAAUAGGCAUGAAAGAAACCAUGGUCAUGGAGGUUCUUAUCGCCAAGGCAGAGAUUACCAUCGCAAGAGGCAUCGUGAGGAUGAGCGUCAUCGUGAAGAUGAGCGUCAUCGUCCUGUUGACAUGCCUAAGAGAAAUGAAAACGAACAACAUAGGAAUGCUGAUCAUGAAUCUCGACCCGAGAAAAAUCCACGUUUCCGUGAAAGUGGGGAUUCUGACGACGAUGAAGACGAUGACAAGAGGCGUCGUACUUGAGCAAACUAAGCAGCUGCUGAACGCUUUGUUGAUGAUUUGAGCUCGAAAGGAAUGUCUAGAGUAAUCUGUUAUUUGAUUAAUUUAAGAACUCUGUACAUCAGUUUAGGUACGAAGAUCUAGAAACUCGUUGGUGCAGGAAACCAUGUGAAAAGGUGCCGUGUAACACAUUACUCUUGAUAUCGAUUUGAACGUGAAUUCUUUGUCUUUCA